AUGGAAUUUAACGAGUCAGAAAAAAAAAAGAACGAUAAUAAAUUACUCCAAAAUAUUGAAGCCAACCACAGUUUAACGAAGCCUAACAUAAACAGAUCAAAAACCCUGGAAGAAAGCUCCCGAAAGGCCAUUUGGAGCGAUGCGUUUCAUUUGUUAAAAAAUAAAAACCAAACCGAAAGCGAAACUGAAGGGAAGGCAGAGCAGGAAAAUCUAAAGGGGGUCCAAAACUGUGAAAAAAAAAUUGAGAAAAACAAAACUUGCAUUAAUGCGGAUCUUCUAACAGACGGACAUAUCGACACGAACACAAGAAAUUCUAUUGAAGAAGGCGUAGCUAAAGUGACGAUUUUUUCUAACAAUCCUUUUAUUGCUACCACUCAUGGAAAUUUAAGUCCUAAGUGGAAUGACAAAUCGGGAGAUAAAUUGAUAAACCGGACACCUGACAAGCCUGGAAAACAUCCUAACGGGGCGAGUGAAAAAUACCCAAACGGACCAAGUGAAAAAUCGCCAAAGCAGCAAAGUAGAACCCACAAGAGCACUGUACAUCUUGAAAACAUGAACGCGUGCAAUAGUGAUAAUAAAAAAAAUUACUACCUUAUGAAGCAAGCUGUGUUUUUCACCCCGAAAAAAAAUUCGAUAAACGCAAGUAAUGAAAAAAAAGAAAUUGAAAAUAAAAUUGUUCAAAAUGGGAUUGACGAAUAUUCCUUAAAUAAUAAUUUACGGAACCAUAGCACAUGGACAGCAAAUACUGAUCAGAGAAAAAUAGGGAAUUUCUCUGGAACCAUUUGGAAGACACAAGACACUUUGCUUUCUCUUAACAAUGGGAAGUCUACCAUGAAUCAGAACAACGCUAACUUGAGUACGUCCCUUGUCUCUUUCACCAAUAACAUUGCUGGAGGAGCUGAAUAUACAGUUGGAGGGACGGAUUACAAUUCUGGAGAAGUGGAUCGUAGCAUGUGCGAUGCAAACAACUGCAUCAGUGCAAGCAAUAACCUUGUUAACACUGUGAAUAGCUGCUGCAGCGUGAGCAGUAGUCUAACUUUGCAAGGAAACAAUUUCAACACUCCGAGCUUAAGUUCUUUGAACCUUCUACAAAAUAACAGCAUUAUGAACGGCAAGGUAGGAGGGAAUAAUGAUAACAGUUUGGAGCAUUUGCACAUAUCAUCCCAAUGUUUUUCAGAAAAAAAAAAAGAUAUCGUAUAUCUAUUUCAAGAGCUGUUAAGCUACUGUGAAUGUUUAAAAAGAAAUCGAAAAAAAAGCACAGAAGAAAUAAAUAAAAUUCGUAUUAGCUACAAUAAAGUGUCCGAUUUGCUAAAAGAGACAUUAAAAAGAGAAAAGAAUAGUCAUAUAAAAAUUGAAGAAUUAAGAAAUAUUAUAAUUACAUAUGAUGAAAAAUUUGAUCGAGUGAAAAAUAGUUCUGAAGGAACUAUAACAAAUUUAAACAAAAAUGUGCAGACAUUAAUUGAUUUAAAUAAUAGCUUAGAAAUGGAAAUGAAUAAAGUUGUAAAUGAAAAUCAACAAUUAAGAAAAAUUGCACAAAAUGAAUUUAAUUUAAAUAAAGAAAUUAAUGAUUUGAGAAAACAAAUUGAAAUUUUAAAUAAUGAAAAAAUUGUCUUAGUAAAUCAAAUUGAUGGUUUACGCUUAGAAAAUUCAAAAAUUGAAAACGAAAAAAAUGUUUUGUUAAGUGAUAAGACAUUAUUGCACUGCAAAAUUGAUGAACUUGAAAAUGGAUUAAAAAACAAAAACAAAAACAACUUUUUUAAUAAGUCACAUUCAGAUGAUCGGGAAAGCAACCCUUUCAUAAUCAAUUCGGAUGAAGAAAUUAACCAGCAACUCAGCAACUACUUGAAUUUAAACCACGAGCAGCGCACUGAGCUUUUUAAAAAUUUCCUCUACCAUUGGCGCGAGACCAACAAGGCUGGCCAAAAAUUUUAUGAACAAUCCUAUGUCUCCGCGCCUCACAUAUUAUGA